UCUCUCUCUCUCUCUCUCUCUCUCUCUCUCUCUCUUUCUCUCUCUCUCAUUUUUGGAGGUGGUGAUGCAGUUUUGCUCUGUUUUGGCUAAUCUGAGAUUUGCCUGCUCAGAGCUGGAAUCUGUGUGGUUCAAGUGGUGCAUUCCCGGGCCAGGCACAUUGCAAAUCUUCAAGGAAUAAGGAGGAUGGAUGCUUGGCUAACAGAGGCGUUCAGGCCAGGGAGGCAGAAGCUUAUGGAUGAAAUGGGGCCUGGGAUGUGGUCAGAAAUGGCGGCCGAAGUCCGCUUCCCACACCAGGCCUCAGCUGAGGAAAUGAGAGCCCAGCUCCCUGGGAGGGCUGUUCCCUUUUCUGGGGCUGCUGACGUGAGAGCCCCAUGACAGGGAGGGACCAGCCUCCCAGGGGCCACAGCCUGUGUGUGUGUCUGUCCUGCACGGCUGCGACCAGAGAGAGGAGACGCCAUGACCCCCGUCCUCAGAGCCCUGCUCUGCCUCAGGCUGAGUGUGGGCCUCAGGACCUCAGUGCAGGCAGGGCCCCUCCCCAAACCCUCCUUCUGGGCUGAGCCAGGCCCUGUGAUCCCCUGGGGGAGCCCUGUGACCAUCUGGUGUCAGGGGACUCUGCAGGUUCAGGAGUACCAUCUGGAUAAGGAGGGAAGCCCAGCGCCCUGGGACAUACAGAAGCCACUGGAACCCGGGGACAAGGCCAAGUUCUCCAUCCCAUACAUAACACUGGCCUAUGCAGGGAUAUAUCGCUGUUACUAUCUCAGCCUUGCUGGCUGGUCAGAGCGCAGUGACCCCCUGGAGCUGGUGGUGACAGGAUCCCUCAGCAAACCCAGCCUCUCAGCCCUGCCCAGCCCUGUCGUGCCCUCAGGAAGGAACGUGACCCUCCAGUGUGGCUCAGGGCAGGGAUAUCACAGGUUCCUUUUGAAUAAGGAAGGAGAUAAUAGACUCUCCUGGGCCCUGAGCUCACAGCGACAGCCCAGUAGGCAGUUCCAGGCCCUGUUUUCUGUGGGCCCCAUGACCCCCAUCCACAGGCAGACGUUCAGAUGCUAUGGCUGCUUCAGGAACAAACCCCACGUGUGCUCACAACCCAGUGACACCCUGGAGCUCCUGGUCCCAGGGACCCUCUCCAAACCCACCCUCUGGGCUGAGCCAGACUCUAUGAUGCCCAGCGGGAGCUCUGUGACCCUCUGGUGUGGGGGGACAGUGGAGGCCAAGGAGUUCUGCUUUGAAAAAGAGAAAAGCCCAGCACCAUGGAAAAGAGAGAAGCCACUGGAACCUGGGAACAAGGCCAAGUUCUCCAUCACACGCAUGACAUCGGACUAUGCAGGGAUAUAUCGCUGUUACUAUUGCAGCCCUAAUAACACGUCAGAGCGCAGUGACCCCCUGGAGCUGGUGGUGACAGGAUCCUACAGCAGACCCAGCCUCUCAGCCCUGCCCAGGCCUGUCAUGACCUCAGAAGAGAACGUGACCCUCCAGUGUGGCUCAGGGGAGGGAUUUGGCAGGUUCAUUCUGACUAAGGAAGGAGAUCACAGGUUCUUCUGGGCCCUGGACUCACAGCCACAGCCCAGUGGGCAGUCCCAGGCCCUGUUCCCUGUGGGUCCCAUGACCCCCAGUCAUAGGGGGACGUUCAGAUGCUAUGGCUGCUACAGGAACAGCCCCCAGGUGUGCUCACACCCCAGUGACCCCCUGGAGCUCCUGGUCUCAGGGCCCCUUCCCAAGCCCACCCUCUGGGCUGAGCCAGGCCCUGUGAUCCCCUGGUGGAGCCCCGUGACCCUCUGGUGUCAGGGGACCCCAGGGGCUGAGGAGUACCGUCUGGAUAAAGAGGGAAGCCAAGCUCCUUUUGACAGACAGUUUCCACUGGAGUCCGGAGACAAGGCCAAGUUCUCCAUCACAUAUAUGACAGAGAAUAACGUAGGGAUAUAUCACUGUUACUAUCUCAGCCUCACUGUCUGGUCGGAGCGCAGUGACCCCCUGGAGCUGGUGGUGACCACAGGAUCCUACAGCAAACCCAGCCUCUCAGCCCUGCCCAGCCCUGUCGUGCCCUCAGGAAGGAACGUGACCCUCCAGUGUGGCUCAGGGCAGGGAUACCACAGGUUCCUUUUGAAUAAGGAAGGAGAUCACAGACUCUCCUGGGUCCUGAGCUCACAUCGACAGCCCAGUGUGCAGUUCCAGGCCCUGUUCUCUGUGGGCCCCAUGACCCCCCUCCACAGGCAGACGUUCAGAUGCUAUGACUGCUACAGACCCCAUGUGUGCUCACAACCCAGUGAUGCCCUGGAGCUCCUGGUCUCAGGACACCUGUCUGACAGACCCUCCCUCUCGGUGCAGCCAGGCCCCAGGGUAGCCUCAGGAGAGAACGUGACCCUGCUGUGUCAGUCACGGAGCCAGAGGGACUCGUUCCUUCUGUCCAAGGAGAGGACAGCCGAUCUCCCCCUGCAUCUGAGAUCAGAGCAAAGAGCUUGGUUGUACCAGGCAGAGUUCUCCAUGAGCCCUGUGACCUCAGCCCAUGGGGGCACCUACAUGUGCUACAGCUCACACACCUCCUCCCCCUUCCUGCUGUCACACCCUAGUGAGCCCCUGGAGCUCCUGGUCUCAGGACCCUCUGGAGGCCUCAGUCCCCCACCCACAGGGCCCCCUUCCACAGCUGAUCCCAAAUGGUACUGGAUAGGGAUCUUGGUGGCCUUGGUUCUGCUGCUCUUCCUCCUCCUCUUCCUUUUCCUCCGACAUCGGCGUCAGAACAAAGGCAGGACCUCAGGGGCAGUACUAGACACAAAGGACAGACAAGGAGAAGAGGACAGACAGAUGGACAGUCAGGUGGGUCCCAUCCUCCCCAGGCCACGAGUCUUCUCAAACCCCAACCACGUUUCAUCCCUCUCUCUCCCCCUGCUCCAGGCUGCUGCACCUGACACCCUCCAGGAUGUGACCUACACGGAGCUGAACCUCUUGGCCCUUAGAGGGCAGACAAGUGCACCUCCAUCCUCCCCAUCAGAGGAGCCCCCAGAAGAGCCCAGUGUAUACGCUGCUCUAGCCAUCCACUAGCUCAGAGGGUGUCAGACCCCCACACUCUAGGGAGGGGGUCUGCAGGGACCCCAGAAGGCAGGAAAGUCUCCCCCCUGGACAUUCAGCUAGUGCCUCACCUACCGUGGAUACCUGAGGUGCUCCUGGGACUCCUGAAGAGUCACCUCAUUCUAUAGUCAAAGAUAAGCCAAUAUCUCUACAUUUGGAAAUCAAAGCAACAUAUUUCUCAAUAAUCAAUGUGUGAACAAAAGCAAGUGAAUGUUUUAACUGAAAUUGGAAUGUAAAUCUGACACACCAAACAUGUGAAAUAAUAAAAUUAAGAAUCUUAA